CAGUGUGGAAAUAGUUGGUAGAGCGCACGCAGUCCAAUCCACAAAACACCUAUUUAGCUAAGGGAGAAAUAUACAUUUGUGAGUUUCUUGUCAGCAUCGCUUGGACAGGAUUUGUAUUAUUUUUUAACAGGCUCCGAAAGACGCGCAGUCAGUGAAGGACGUUUGAAAACUCACUUCUGAUUAGUUCACGAUUAAGUUCAAACCGGGAAAAGACACGGAUAGAGGUUGUUUUUAUCAACGACAUAAGAUUCAUUUAAAAUCAGAACACAGACAGCAUGGCGAGAGAAGACGCUCGAAAUUGGCAUGACUUCACAAAAAUGAUCGGACUGUUCAGCGUGGUCACGUUGCUGACUUUUCAAGGGACUGUGUCUCAGCAGGUGAAGGUGGAACCGGAAGUGAUGUCCUACCCCAGCCAGGCGGUCAACCUGAGGUGUGCCUUCGCAGAUGCUGGAGGGAUACAGCUCACACAGGUGUCCUGGAUCUAUGAGCCGAAGGAGGGCGAGCGGCUCAACAUCGCCGUGUACCACCCUAACUUUGGGGCAAGUUACCCCACAUCGCCCCUGAAGGGGCGGGUUCGCUUCACGACGGACCCCCCCUCCCUCAGCAACCCCUCCAUCCAGAUCUCGGACGUCAAGAUGACUGACGAGGGGAAAUACAUCUGUGAAUACGCCACCUACCCCAGCGGCAAUGAACAGGGUGUCACCUCCCUCGUCAUGCUAGCCAAACCCAGGAACGCUGCCUCCGGGGUAACAGUGAUAGCCUCCACUGUCACCGCGGGAGCCCAGCCAGUUGUCGUGGCCCGCUGUGAGUCGACCGACGGUCGCCCUGCUGCCCAGAUCGCAUGGGUGACGGCUGUCAACGGCAAUGCUACCUCCGCCUCUACGGCGGGCGCUGACAACACCGUGACGAUAACUAGCCAGUACAUGCUGGUUCCCACAGCAGCAGACAACGGCAAAGACAUCAGCUGUUUGGUGUCCCAUAGGACCCAGGCCAAGCCUGAGAGCUUCCUGAUGAAACUGGCCGUCGAGUACCCCCCACAGGUGACCAUCGUGGGCUAUGAUAAUAACUGGUACGUGGGUCGGACCAACGUGGCUCUGACCUGUCAGGCUACUGCCAACCCCAUCCCUACCACCAUCACAUGGAAAACUAUGUCCGGUCAGAUGCCAGACACAGUGCAGGUAAAAGAAAACGUUCUGACCGUGCUGAAGGUGGACGAGCAGACCAACACAACCUUCGUCUGCGAGGUCAAGAACCGCCUGGGCACCGGCAAGGACCAGGUCACUGUUAUGGUCAGAGAACCCUCUGUGGUCCCCUCCAACACGGCUGUGGUGGCAGGUGCUGUGAUUGGCUCCCUUCUGGCCCUCCUCCUCGUCGCCGCCCUUAUUGCCGUCCUGGUCACCCGGAGCCGCCGGCAACAGCAGGGUUACCGUGGCAACCCAAACCACAGCUCCUACGACAUAAAGUCGCGUCUCUUCGGCGCCGGCAAGAAGGGGAGCAAGAACGGGACUGGUGCUGGCGCCGGGGGCAACGGGGCGGGCGGCAACAACAACAGCCCCAUCUACGUCUACAAGGAGGGCUCCGCCCAUGAUGGCCUGACUGACAAGGCCAAUCAACACGUGCCACUGCACCUGGGGGGGCGUGGUGAGGGGGGGGUUGCCACGGCGCCCACGGCACAGGACAUCCUGCUGAGUGGCGAGCUGGACGAGGCAGAGCGAAGGAAGUUUGACCAGCUGGAGGACGACGAGGAGAGUUACGACCACUUUGGAGGGGGCGGGCCCAUCCUGCAGCUCCGCCCACCACAUGACCAGGACGGAAUCAUGAGCGGUUACCUUGACGACGACAUGGAGUCUCAGCGCGACGGGUCGGUCAUCUCACGGACUGCCGUGUACGUGUAGAGAGAACGGGCAGAGGAAGAGGAGGAGGAAGGAAAGCGGGAUGGAAGAAUGAAAAUGUCCUCCUUCUAAAGGAGUUGGUGGUGUUGGGUACUCCUCUGUUGGAUCAUUUGAAAUAUAUUAACAACGACCACAAAUGCAGCCCAUAGAGAGAGCAAGAUGAAGUGGCUGAGGGAGGGAAUGUACAAAAACAAGAUUAACUGAGUGAAGUGGCUGAGGGAGGGAAUGUACAGAAACAAGAUGAACUGAGUGAAGUGGCUGAGGGAGGGAAUGUACAGAAACAAGAUUAACUGAGUGAAGUGGCUGAGGGAGGGAAUGUACAGAAACAAGAUGAACUGAAUGAAGUGGCCGAGGGAGGGAAUGUACAGAAACAAGAUUAACUGAGUGAAGUGGCUGAGGGAGGGAAUGUACAGAAACAAGAUGAACUGAAUGAAGUGGCCGAGGGAGGGAAUGUACAGAAACAAGAUGAACUGAAUGAAGUGGCUGAGGGAGGGAAUGUACAGAAACAAGAUGAACUGAAUGAAGUGGCUGAGGGAGGGAAUGUACAGAAACAAGAUGGAGGACUGGUGCAUUGAUAAAACAAGUAUUUUUCUCUGGACCCAAUAUGAAAAGUGGAUCACUUGAUGUCUAUCUACCAAAACAAUGAAAGAAAUCCUGAAACUAUCUUUUUCACAUCGCUGCUCUGUUGUCUGUUGUGUUCCUCAUUUCUUUAGUUUAGGGACCUUGGAGAUUGAAGCCUCCAGAGAGACACAUUGUAGUAGGUACUUGUGGGUAAAAUGGCAUCUCCGUGCAGCCGUUCCCUCGCUAGCUAGAGAAACUCCUCACUAAAAUAUUCACUCUUAUCUCCACUAAAUGCACAGUAGCAAUGUAAGGGGUGUCACGAUGGUAUCUGCUCCCUGCUAUUCUCGUCUCUCUCCUGUGGGACAACGUUUGUUCCGGCUACAGUAGCCUUGUUUCUGCUGUAUGUGACAGUACUGGGGAAGGGAACAGGAAGUUUGGCAGGGGAAGUGGUCGAUGUAGUUGUCGUUAAGUAAAAUGUCAAACUCUCUUGUGUCUGUAUGUUGCAGUAGGCCUCCUCUUUCUACCUCAUUUUCUCUCUGCUAUUGUGCCAUCAACUGGAAGUAUGUGCAGAAUUUAGUUUGGGACAUUCUGAAAUGAUAAACAACUUACUGAAGGAGGGGUAGUCAUCUAGAUGAAGAGUGCAUGAAAGGGGGAUUGAUAGAGGGAUAUGAGGGAGGGAAUGGAUAGAGGGAACCGUACAGCUGUUCUCAUCUCCGGAGAGACGGGGAGAGAGGGAUUAGGAUGAAUUGAGAGAGGGAGAAAAAGAAAAGGCUCAAACAGCAGGGCUGUUCUCCCUCUCCUCUGUUUGAUCCCUCUCUUCUUGUGGUGUUCCUGACACGAAGAGUUUGAUUGCUAAUGAGCCGUGAAGUCACUGCUCAUCUUAGCCCACACACACACACCAAAUUACCGCCGCUUAGAUGGUAUGACGUGGACAUUUUCUCUCCCUCCUCGCUCUCCUCCGUUCUCCCUCUCCUCUGUUCUCCCUCCUCCCUCCUUACCCUGUCUCUUACCUCUGUCUUUCUCCAUCUCUCUCCUUCUCUCCCUCAGUCUCUCCUCCACCAGUCUUUCUCCAUCACCUCUCUUUACCCUGUGUGUGUGAUUUACACAGGGCUGUGUGGAGGUCAGGGACACCGGGAGAGCAGAGGGAGUAUUGCAUGGCUCCCUCCCUACGUGUCAAACACCCCACUUACUGUACUGUACCCCCUUCCUCCUGCCAGACCUGACUCAGACAGCCAUGGCCCUGCUCACUGUACAUCUCGGCUUUUCCUCCUAUCCCAUUGUAUAUGUUGCUUUGUCAAUCUAUACAAUCACAAGGUAUAUAGAAAUCCAAAUACAUGAUGGCAUAUUUGCAUCUGUAGCCAAUUAAGAUAUAAAUUAAGUCAAAUGAAUUGAUUGAUUCUGUGCAUACACAGGGGGUGUAUGACCUAUUAUAGGACCUAUAUUGACUAGCAGAGGUCUGGGUAUAAUCCUUCAUGAUUCAGACAGACCGGAGCCUGAUAGUUUAGUGACUAAUUUGUCUUUCUAACAAGACAGUCGAGGGCUGUUCAAGCCAAUAUCACCAUGUACAACUAUUAUACAUCACUAGAGGCAACCAGAUGACCACUGGAAGGCUAUGACCAGCUGUCUUCCUGAAGAGCCUUAGUUUCCUACCCUCAAUACCCCAGAUCUGAAUCCGCCCCUUAACAACUCCUAGCUCAUGACUCCCCUGUGAUUCAUCGUGUUUCCUGGUUAAUCAGUGGGGUUUCCUUGGCCGCCCUGACCAGGUGAGGCACCUGAUUGGCCCGUUAAGCCUGGGUCUGUUUCUGGGUCACAGCCAGCCAGAGGUCAUGGGGUCAAACGAUGUGCGUUUUACCGCUGAGGACGUGGAGGGUGCCUGUGGGACGCACCUCUAAUAGGGCCCUUUAACUUUAACCCAUAGGGUUCACAGAGAAACACACAUAUUACACACACUCUGGUGAGAGAGCGACGUGUAGUAGUGUUCCAGGAUGACGUUAACUCUUGUGGUGGAGGUUGACCUUGGUGUGGGGGAGAGAAAGGAACGGAGAGGGGGGAGACAGAGAGAAAGGGAUAGAUACUGACCCACUGUGCGACUCGCCUAACCAUCAUCACUUGAUAACACGAUAGCCUAAGUCUGUCAAUACAAUAGAUUGAUAGCAUUAUGGCCUCAGUAUAGGCCAAAACUCUGACUUACAUACACAUUAUAGAUACAGUACACAUGCCUAGAGCAGGGUUCUACAGUGCAACCAUUUUACUCACAUAUGCGCCUAAAUAUUUUGCUGUGCGACAUUUAAUUUUUAUUUAGGAGCCCCAGUGUGCUGAGAACAGUUUUUAAUUCUAGCUUUAUUACCUCAAAUAUUUUUCACUGUGUUCCUAAAUUUCUUUGUGUGCACCUACAUUUUUCAACUUAGCCACACACGUGCUCCUAAACAAGGUCGGCGUAAAGGCCUGUAGUGAACUACUUAUCAUGACCACUAACAAACACGUAUCUCCCAUCUUUGCACUUGUGUGUAACACCAAAACAGGAUAUGCCCACUAGUUAUAUUUGUAUGAAGGUGAUAAAGUGUGUCUUUGGAGAAAUAUUGAUAAUGUCCUUCUGUUUGUAAUGUGAAGAGGGAGGGAGGGAGGGAAGGGAGAAAGUUGUAUGUAUUUUUUGGUGUGAGGUAUCUGUAUAGUAUAUAUGUACGGAUCUUUAUUUUUCUUGUCGAACUCCUGUGGAAAAAAUGUGGAUAUUUAUACGUGUAAAUAACUUCUGUAUAGAGUCAAUGUUGUCGUGUGGAACUCACUUCCUGGUUUGGCCAUGGUCAAAGUUCCAUCAGAGCCAAUAAUACUGUACUCAGAAUGUAACUGCUUGAAUAGACAACCCUCAAUGAAAAGGUGUAGGAUGUAUAUGAUGCACAUCUUCAGCUAUUAAAUACUGGUGAAUCUAGUUCAUCUCAAGAACAAUAGUUGAUACUUGUAAACUUAUGAGUUUUUCAGUAGGCUGAUGACUGAAAUAACUGGAUUGGCAGGUUCACUAAACUCAAUCAGCAUACUUAAGAUACCUGCCCCUUCACCCAUAAACACACUCACUAUUUAUCAGAUAGACUAGCUCCCACAGAGUCAGUGCUGUGUGUGGUUUCUGAGUCAGCGCUCUGUGUGUGGUUUCUGAGUCAGCGCUCUGUGUGUGGUUUCUGAGUCAGCGCUCUGUGUGUGGUUUCUGAGUCAGCGCUCUGUGUGUGGUUUCUGAGUCAGCGCUCUGUGUGUGGUUUCUGAGUCAGCGCUCUGUGUGUGGUUUCUGAGUCAGCGCUCUGUGUGUGGUUUCUGAGUCAGCGCUCUGUGUGUGGUUUCUGAGUCAGCGCUGUGUGUGUGGUUUCUGAGUCAGCGCUGUGUGUGUGGUUUCUGAGUCAGCGCUGUGUGUGUGGUUUCUGAGUCAGCGCUGUGUGUGUGGUUUCUGAGUCAGCGCUGUGUGUGUGGCUCAGGGGCUUUGGGACAUCUGUCAGUGCCACAGGGUGUGUAAUUUAAUGUAACCCCCAUUUCCUGCCCCCUCUGUCUCUUAGCAUAGGGAGUUAGAGGAGACAUUACUGUACACUGUCCACUGCAGCCUGAUCUCGCUCUCUCACACACACACACACACACACACACACAGAAAGAGGGAACUAGUAAAAGAGACACUUUCCCAAACGCACACAAACACUCAGUGAUCCCAACUAAGCUCAGUGGUCAGAACUCUGUCAGCACAUUCACAUACCCUUCUGUUCUCCAGAGACUGGGAGAGAGCCACACACACACUCCUCUUGCCCAAUGUCAGGGAUUUUAAGGAGAAUGUGUUCUAAGAACACUUUCUGAGAAUCAUCUGUACUGUUGCUCUCUCUGUGCUACGUUUUACAGCUUUCCCAAAAUAAAAUACCCAAUUGGCCAAACUUGACCUCCACUGACUGGUCCCGAAGUAAAAUGCUUCUAGAAAAUCACUAUCCAACUACGUCUUCAGUCUUUUACAACAUUUCGUUUUUUUAAAGUAAAUGUUUUCUGGGAAUGUACUUCUCUUGACCUCCACUUGUACUGCCUGGCACAAAGGUUUUAAUAUAAAAAUGCUUUUAGAGAGUUGAUGUAAUGUUCCUGACCUGCAGCUAACACAGCUUUAGGUUGUUAUUUAGUUGUUGUUGAUAAUCCACAUCGUCCUCCUCUGGCUCUAAACACUGAUGACUAAUCGAAGCCUUCGCUUCCUUGUCUCGAUCUCUCUCCCCUGACGUGUACAUAGUAUAAAUAUAUAAAUACAGUAUCUAGCGGAAAGAAAAAUAAAGAAUUACUAAUUUAUGGUGUCACGUGUUCUAUUUCUCAGCGCCAAGCAUGAAGGAUUUAUUCUCUUCUGUAUCAAUGCUUAGUCCUUAUCUUUUUAUCUCUUAUUGCAGUGAUUUAUAAUUUAUGUUUUUGGAGUGCUUUAUUUCUCGAUUGCUUUGCUGUGAUUACUACGCCAAAACAGGCUUAAUGUGCUUUUACUGCACAAAAUGGUGCACGGUGCACACUCGAAACAAUCUCACCACAAAAUGUGCUUUUUAUUCACCAUUCUAUGAACUUGUUUAUUUUAUUUUUUAAAGAAUCAUUUUAGAAUUUGUCACUAUUUGUCAUGUCUUUCUAUUUUUUGUAUAAUUUUUUUUCUAUUUGGUUGCAAUUAAAGUUUUCUUGAUUUUUGAAAUGAU